GACGUUUCACAUAAUUUCGUUUGUUGUUGUUCACCUGCUAAAAGAUUUACGUGAUUUUAUUGGAAUAGAAUAAAAGAACCACUCGGGUUUUUACCAUAAAACUUGAAAUUUAUAUCGCUUUCAACAAAAUACGAUAUGUGUAUAGUGCUGUAGUAAGAAAAUAACUAAAUACUUACCGGCCAGACCAGCCUUCUAAGGAGGUGCUUCUGUAUUCAGGAUCAAUAUGGAUAGUAUCAUGGACAGUAUGAUUGAUAACAUUGAGCCAGAUAAUGCAGAGUCAGAUGGAGAGUUUGCAUUUGAAACAGACCACUUGGCGCUACGAGGCAACAAGGAUUACUGCAGCCUUCUCAAAUACAUUGUCAUGUUAGAGGCACAGAAAAUGAAUGCAUUAAAAGAUAUAGAAGACUUGGCCGAAGCUCAGAACAAAGCUUUAGAAGAUCCAAUGACUUUUAUUGAGCAAUUAAAAUCUGGUAAUGCUAAUUUCCCUGCUCGGCAGACCAUUCCAGAGUUACCCAACAUUGAUUGGGAUCAGUAUGGCAUUGAUGCUACAUUUGACAACGAUGACAUCAAAGACACUAAAUCAAAUAAAGAUCUAGACAACAACCCUAAAGUAAGAGGUAGGAGGUUCACUGACAGCAAACCUGAGUCAUUUAACCAGCUGUGGUCUUGUGAGGAACAAAAGAGAUUAGAAGAAUUACUUGAAAUCUAUCCCGAAGAACCAAUAGAAGCAAGACGAUACAAGAAAAUUGCUCAGGACCUUGGUACAAGAACCCCAGUACAAGUUAUGAGCAGGAUUCAGAAGUACUUUGCUAAAUUAGCUAAAGCUGGCCUUCCAAUACCGGGCCGAGCUCCCAAAGGAGUUGGCAAGGAUAAAUACAAGUCAGUCUUCUAUAAAAAGUCUACAUUCUUCCCACAACUUCAUGUGCCGGUCAAAAUGGACCCUUAUGACAGUAGUGAAGCUUAUGACAGCACUUCUGUGAGUGAAAAUAAGGGAAACAAAAAUAUGUUAGAUUUGUUAAAAGCAGCGAAAGAACAGAGAUUGCUCGAUGAAACCUCUCCAGUUUAUCAGUCGAAGACAAUGUGUGUUGGUUGUCUAAAAGAAGGCUUUUUAGGCGCAAGGUGGACAGAUAAUGCUGGCACAGAUUAUUGCACUGAUUGUGUUGUAAAAUUGCUGCCACCUGAGAAACUGAUACCUGUACGGAUUCCAAAGUAAUCUAUUUAUUUCAUCAAUCAAUCAUACUCUUUUUGUAUGUUUAAUUCUCAUAGAAUAAGUGUAUUUUUAUUUGUAAAUCAGAACUAAUUUUAUUUUAAUAAAUUAUGUUUUAUAUCU